UAAUGGAUAUAGAAGCUGUAUUUAUUUAAAAUUACUUCAGCGCAGUCGCAGCUCAUGUAUUUAUAGAUUGUAAAAUACACACUGUCUAAAUACACAGCACAUACUCUUGUCUUUACACAACAUAGGAUAAGAUUAAUUUAAUAAUUGCAUCUUUUCUUCAUGUUGCAUAGUUGCCGAAAUUCUAAACACCUUUACAAUGUGCCGCUAAGCAACAUGUCUUAAAUAAAGCAACAUGCCUUAAAUUAAUUACACAUGCCCACUUGCAACUCCUCUUUACAAUAUUUGAAACAUGUAUUGCAUGUAACAUGGCUUAAUUGCAACACUCUUUACAGCAAUACACGUUACGUGUCCCUUUUAAUAUGUCGUAUCCCUAUGCGUCUCAUUUGUCACGUUAUGUACAUCAUAUGACAUUGAUUUCAUUCCAAAAUUGUCACUUAGUAUCUGUCAUUAUUUUUUAUUGUCUUGGAGCACAUCUCUCUACAGCUGGAAAAAUUGAUAAGCGAUAUACGUAAUGUCGGACUCGUGCAUUCGUUGGGGUGUUCUCGGAGCCAGCAAUAUCGCCGGAGAUUUUAUUUUGGCUAUGAAUACUUUACCCAAAGAUGAGCAUAAGGUGAUUGCUGUUGGCUCGAGCUCGGAAGAAAGGGCCAAGGUGUUUGCGGAGAAAAACGGUAUACAUAAAUGGUAUGGUUGCCACGAACUUCUUGUUCAGGAUCCUGAAGUCCAGAUUGUUUAUAUUGCUGGUACUACGAAUACUCACGCAAAAUUCUGUAAACUUGCUUUGAAUAAUGGAAAGCACGUCUUGUGUGAGAAAGCCUUUGCCUUGAAUUUCAAAGAAGCAAAAGAAGUUCUGGAUUUAGCGAAUAAAAAAGGGCUUUUCAUUAUGGAGGCAAUGUGGACAAGGUUUUUACCAGCAACUUUGUAUCUUGAGAAGAUAUUGGAAGAAAAGAAAAUUGGCGAGGUUUCAAUUGCUCUAGCAACUUUUGGAGCUGUCAUGGAAACUAAACAACGAAUUUAUGACAAAGCUUUGGGUGGCUCAGUUUUGCUCGAUAUUGGUAUAUACACAUUGACUUUUGCUGACAUCGUGUUUCGCGGGGAAAGACCAGUGAAGAUUGUUGCAAGUGGACAUUUGUUUGAUAGUGGUGUAGAUCAUAGUGUUAGUGUGACAUUGAUGUUUAGUGGAAAACGUAUGGCUCAAUUGCUUUUUACUGCUGGUGUUGCCCUUCAGAAUAAGGCAUCAGUUUUUGGAACAAAAGGAUCAAUAAGCUUAGAGGCACCUUUCCAUGCUGCAACCAUGGUUACAACUGCUGAUACCAUCGAGUUUCCAUUGCCAGAUUUGGAAUGGCCUUCAAAGUGCAUUAAUUCUGCUGGAUUAAGGUAUGAAAUAGAUGCAGUCCGACAAAGUAUUUUGAGUGGGGAACUGGAAAACAAAGUGAUGCCACAUUCCACAACUUUGCGUAUUAUGGAGUAUGUUGAUGAGAUUGCCUUGCAACUUGGUAUGAAACUCUAACUUCGAGAUAAAAAGCCAACUGUUCCAGCCUUCAUCAAAGAAGAUUUUGAAAAUUUCCAUGUUAAAAAUUUCUGCGAUGUAAAUUAAUCAUUCAGAAUCCUGUCGUGACUUCACAAUUCUUUAGAAUGAAAUCAAACAAAUCUGAUGUUGAUUCUUGAUGCCUCUACACUCUACAGAAAAAGCUUUGUCCUCCUUUAUCAAUUAACAUGUAAUUUUUUUGUGCUUUUCAAAGCAUACAACAGAAACAUUGUGAUGUGGUAAAGUUUGGGUGAGUGUGUGGUUUUUACAAACUUAUAUUCAAAUGAGAAUCAAAUCGUAAAGACCUUAAA